UGAAAAUACCUUUCCUCUCAUUUGACCUCAGAUUUCCUCAGCCACCACCAUCCACCAUCCCAUCCCGUCUUCCAAAUGGAAUCCGAUUCAGACUCUGAUGGCUCUCACAUCUCCGCCACUCCUCCCAGAGACCCAAUCCCACCACCUCCACCUCCACCGCCACCGACUCUUCUCUCUUCCAAGAAAUCCAGAUUUAGGGUUAGAGCCUCCUCUUCCCGCUCCACACCCAUUUCAAAAUCCCCAAAACCCUCUUCCGAUCCCAAACCCUCACCCCAAGACCCCUUACCCACUCCCUCACCCCUCUAUUCUCUCCCUUUCCAAAUCCGCUGCCCCUCCCAUACCAACUGCCCAAUCCCCACCCUCGAUACCCUCCCCGCCCGCCACCUCUCCCAAUCCGCAUCGUUCUCCAAACUCCGGAGGCCCUCUCUCAAUUUCCAAGACGACCCCUCUCCUCCUCCUCCUCCUCCUCCAUCCAAAGCUGAGAGUGAUUCGGUUCCACAAGAACCAAAAUGUGAAGCUGUGAAUUCGGCCAAUUUUGUGAAGAGGCGUCCCAAUUUGAUUGGAGGGAAUGCGCCUCUACCGCCUGUGAAACUGCGAAAAUGUGGCGGUGAAGGGAAUUUUGUGAAGCUGAACAUGAAUAGGAGCAACAAGCGCAAGUUUGUGAAUAAAGGAAGAGGAAGGAAUAGUUAUGCUUCCUCUGGUAGAAAAUCUUAUAGGAGGAGUAGGAGAAGAUUGAGACCUGAAGGUGGGACUGAAGGGGAGAAGAACAAUGUGUGUGAAGAGGAUGGUUUGGUUUUAGAAAGCACAGGACAGAGGCAGAGGAAAUACGAUUGCGAAUUGGUUGAGGUGGUGGUGUCUGCGGCGAGGAACGAUCCGUCGGAUGAGAACUUGGUUAGGUUGUUGAAGGUCGUGUACGGCUAUGAUUUGUUUCGAGAUGGCCAGUUGGAGGCGAUUAGGAUGGUGCUUGCUGGGGAGUCGGCAAUGCUGGUUUUGCCGACUGGUGCGGGGAAGUCGCUUUGCUAUCAGUUGCCAGCGAUGGUGUUGCCUGGGAUAACAGUGGUGGUGAGUCCGUUGGUGGCACUGAUGAUCGAUCAGCUGAGACAGCUGCCUCCCAUGAUUCGGGGUGGUCUUCUUUGUAGCAGUCAGACGGCUGAAGAAGUUUCUGAGACGCUGAGGCAGCUUCAAGAAGGGACUAUCAGGGUGCUUUUUGUCUCACCCGAGAGAUUUUUGAAUGCAGAAUUCUUGUCAGUAUUUUCUACUAAUUUAUCCACAUCACUUGUUGUGGUUGAUGAAGCUCAUUGUAUCUCCGAAUGGUCACACAAUUUCCGGCCUUCAUACACUAGGCUUAGGGCAUCAAUGCUUCGUGCCAGGCUCAAUGUUGGAUGCAUUCUUGCAAUGACUGCUACCGCCACUACCACAACUUUGCACUCUGUUAUGUCUGCUCUAGCCAUUCCACAAACCAAUCUUAUUCAAAAAGCACAAUUAAGGGACAAUUUGCAAUUGUCAGUAUCUUUGAGUGGAAAUAGAAUGAAAGAUUUGCUGAUGUUGAUAAAGUCUUCUCCCUUUAAGGAAGUUCAGAGCAUCAUUAUAUACUGCAAAUUUCAGUAUGAAACUGAUAUAAUAAGCAAAUGCUUAUGUGAUAACAAUAUCUCUGCAAAGAGCUAUCACAGUGGUAUCCCUGCUAAAGACCGUAGCCGUACACAGGAGUUGUUUUGUUCUAACAAAAUUAGAGUGGUUGUUGCAACUGUGGCGUUUGGCAUGGGACUUGACAAGCAGGAUGUUGGAGCUGUAAUUCAUUACUGCUUGCCAGAAAGCUUGGAGGAAUAUGUUCAGGAGAUUGGGCGUGCUGGAAGGGAUGGGAGGUUGUCCCAUUGCCAUCUCCUUUUUGACAAUGACACAUACUUCAAACUUCGUAGUCUUAUGCACAGUGAAGGAGUAGAUGAAUAUGCAGUGAACAAAUUUCUCAUUGAAGUUUUCAGCAAUGGCAAGAAUUCACAAGGGAAAAUGUGUUCAUUAGUCAAAGAAUCUGCAUCCCGCAAGUUUGAUAUGAAAGAAGAGGUGAUGCUGACUCUUCUAACGCACUUGGAGUUGGGUGAAGUGCAAUACCUGUGUUUACUUCCACAGAUGAAUGUGACUUGCACUCUAAAUUUCCACAAUACUUCUCCAGUGCUGUUUGCUGAAAAGGAUAGAGUGGUUGCAGCAAUUCUUAAGAAAUCUGAAACUAAGCAAGGGCAAUAUGUGUUUGACAUACCCACUGUGGCAAAUAGCAUCGGGAUUACAGCUAUUGACCUGUCAAAUCAUUUGCAGAAUUUAAAGUUGAAGCGAGAAAUAACAUAUGAGGUGAAGGACCCAGCAUAUUGUUACACAAUUAUGGAAGUACCAGGGGAUUUUUGUUCUCUAUCAGCUCAUCUUACAAAAUGGUUAUCAGAAGUUGAAAUCUGCAAGGUACGGAAGUUGGAUGCAAUGUAUAAUGCUGCAGUCUUUGCGGUGAAUGUGUGUGAAAAGAUGCAUGGUUGCUAUGGUUGUCAGCAUACGCCAUGCUUGCAGAGAAAGAUUUUGGAUUACUUCAAUAGAGAUGAUAAUUCUGACGUUUCUAAUAAGAUGGGUCAAAGCAGCCCAUUUUUGCGAGCAGAUAUAAAGGUCUUUCUACAGAGUAACUCACACGCUAAAUUCACUCCCAGAGCUGUUGCAAGGAUAAUGCAUGGAAUUGCAAGCCCAGCCUAUUCUUCUACGUUUUGGUCUAAAACUCAUUUCUGGGGAAGGUAUACACAAAUAGACUUCCAGGUGAUAAUGGAAGCAGCACAAGCAGAACUCAUGAAUUUUGUAGGAAAGACCGCACUCUAAGGGUACGUUUGGUACACAGAAUUCCUAUUCCAUUAAGAAAAAUGAAUAGCUUUUCAUUAAGAAUGGAAAAGAGUGUAAUGGAAUAGCCUUGGCAUUAGUAUAUGAUAAUGAUAGAAUCGUUAUCAUAUACCCUAAUACUUGGAAUAGCUAUUUAACUCUUGGAAUAGCCAUUCUUAUGGGAAUGACUUUUAUUCCCAAUAAAAGCUAUUUCUUUUCCUAAUGGAAUAGCCAUUCUGCGUACCAAACGUACUCUAAUUGUUUGCGACCAAGCAUCCAGCAGAUAAACUGCAGUGCAUCUGAAGAUGUUGCCUAGACUUAUUACCCUUGCAAAAUGUUUACUGUGAGUCAAAUUGCAAUACAAAAGACAUGCUUGACCAGAGCGGAACAUUAUGGAUGAUUUUAUAUGUCAACCUACAAAUGUGGCAGGAAAGGCGAAGUCAAGAUUAGCAUGACCACAGGAAAGAGCUCAAGUAUGAAAUUCAAAUCCUCAAUAGUUUCCAUACAUCAUCAUAUUACAGUCAUUAAACAUGACAUGGUUAUUUUAACCACAAGGUGUUUAGAAACCAUGCAAGGGUUGGGCGAUUUAAUCUGCAAUUGUCAACAAAUAGAAUCCUGUUCCAGUUCUGGAUUCUGAUCUCAAUAGCUGCUUACAAUUCAAAUAGGUUGCCUUGUUAUUAGUGAAAUUCUGGCAGCCUAAUAACGGGAAAUGCUCAUUUUUACUUGAGCGGGUUUAUAAAAAAGUUAAAGACGGAACUAUUUAUCUUC